AUGGAUAGUAAUUGUUAUUAGUAAAUUGAGAUUUUCAUUUCUGGAAGAUAAUUGAAAGACUUGGAUUAUUUUAGUAAGUCGGAUCCUUUUGUAAUAGUGUACAUCAAAACAAAUAAUUAAUGGAUUAAGAUAGGAAAUACGGAAACUAUUCAAAACAAUUUAAAUCCAAACUUUAAGAAAACCUUCCAACUUGAUUAUGUGUUCGAGACAGUUUAACCAAUUAGAUUCGAGGUGAGAGAUGAUGAUGGCAGCAACUCAGAGUUGAUUGGUUAAGUAGAAACAACAAUAGGUACUUUAUUUGGAGCAAGGAAUUAGACAUCGAUUUUAGAACUUGGAUAAAGAGGUGGCAAAUUGAUUAUUAGAUGUGAUAAAAUAUAAGAGGGAAAUGAAUUUAUGAUAAUGAAAUGGAGUGGAAUCAAAUUAAUGAAUACAGAUGGGUGGUUUGAUAAAUCUGAUCCCUUUCUCAGGUUUUAUAGAUAAAGGGAAGAUUCUACAUAUAUUCAAACUUACGAGAGUGAAGUUGUCAUGGAUAAUUUGAAUCCUCUUUGGAAAACCUUUGAGAUACAAGGCGUUAAAUUAGCUAUUUCAAAUGAUAAAAAGAUUAAAAUUGAAUGUUGGGAUUGGGAAAAAAGUGGAAAACAUCAAUUUAUAGGAGAAUUAUUGACAACAAUCCCAGAAUUAUAACAGACAAGAGAAUAUUAAUUAACAAAUCCCAAGCACAAGAAUCCAGGAAAAUUGAGAUUAGAAUAAUUUAGUACAUACAUUAGACCAAGUUUUUAAGAUUAUAUACGAGGAGGCUUGUAAUUAAACUUAAUGACUGCAAUCGAUUUUACUGGUUCUAAUGGAGCACCUCAUCAACCAGGGAGCUUGCAUUUUCGAUCUCCAAAUGGCUUAAAUCAAUAUCAACUUGCCAUUAAUGCAGUGGGAGAGAUUCUUCUUGCUUAUGAUUAUGAUAAGAUGGUACCUUGUUUCGGUUUUGGCGCCAAUUUGAAUUAUCCAACUAUGAGAUCAACCCAAGUCUCUCAUUGCUUUCCCUUAUCUGGAGAUCCUAAUUAACUUAAUGCCUUUGAAUUAUAAGGAAUUGCAAAUCUUUACAAUUAUGCACUCGCAAAUGUCACUUUUUCAGGUCCCACAUACUUUGGACCAAUCAUAUCAGAGGCACUCAGAUAAAUAUACGCUCAACAAUAAACUGAACAAAACAUAUACACAAUAUUAUUGAUUUUAACAGAUGGUAUCAUUCAUGAUAUGGAAUAAACCAAAUAAUUGAUUGUCAACAGUGCCAGAUUACCAUUGUCCAUUAUUAUCAUUGGAGUUGGCAAUGAAAACUUUUCAAUGAUGGAAGAAUUAGAUGGAGAUCAAGGUCUAUUUUCGGGUAACAGAAGGGCUGAGAGAGAUCUGGUUUAAUUUGUUCCUUUUCGUAAUUUUGGUGGAAAUUAGGUUAAUCUAGCAAGACAUGUCUUAGCUGAAAUCCCAGAAUAAAUAGUCAAAUAUCAUUAAUUGAUAGGCAAGAAGCCAAACGCACCUUUGAUUGUAGAUAUCAACUAAUUGGGCAUGACUAUGGCAAAUUAACAAAUGAGAUAACAAGAAUCUCAACAACAAUAUGUACCUCCUAAUAUUUAACCAUAAAUUUAAUAACCCAAUAUAUAACCCAACAUGCAACCACCAUUUUAACCACCUCCCUACUAAUAACAAAUGUAAUCACAAAUUCCAGGUUACUCUUCAUAAUUCUAGUAAUAAAAUUAACCAUAUCCACCACCUACAUAAUAAGGAUAUCCAUAUUAAUAACCAAUAAAUUAAUCUUAUCAAUAAGGUAGAGCUUCUGAAUAAAUCAAUCCAUCUAACUUCAUGUAAUAAUAAUAUGGACAGCCUAACUUAAAUAACAGGUAAAGUUGCAACCUAUAGUAAGCACCUUACUAAUAAUAGCCACAAGGUUAAAUGCAGAAUAGUUAAAUACCAAAUCAUUAAUAUCCUCCUAUAAGUCAAUCUUAAGCUUAUGGUUAAAUUAAAAACCCUAUGGAAUGAAAUAAUUUCAUUUAAAAAUAUAGUUCAAUAUUAUAAUCAUCAA